AGUCCGGGAGAAAGAAACCAGAUGUCCUGUGUCUCUCCCUCACUUUCUGACUUCUACUGGCUCUUUCUCACUACUUGGAUAUUGCUCUGAGACUGUGAGGGAAAGAAACCUAAUGAUCGUGGUAAUAAGCUGAAAAUGGCGGAUGAAGACAUUGACUUGGAGGAACCCUAUGGGUCUCUGUCUGAGUCCAAGGAAAAGCAAGAUCCCUUAUUUAUUGCGGAAGAUGAUGACUACUUUGAAGACUGUUUGGAGGAGAUCGAGGCUGCCCUUGCUCUUCCUAGUGAUUCCAUGACCUAUUCACAAAAAUGUCAAGAAACUUUACAUGCUGAAUUUAAUGUACUUAUGAGACAGAUGUUGGCACAGCUAAAUGAAUUCGAAGCCACCCAUGAGACCAAAUCUACUCUACCAGCUUUCUUGGCAGAAAGAGAGAACAUUUUAGAAACAAGCUGCUUCAAGGAUAGUGGCAAGUAUGAAGACAAUAUUUCAGACACAGCAGAAUCUAUGACAGGAGUUGAGACUGAAGGCAGCACUGUUGAAACAAGACCAGGGCUGCCUGCAACCAUGAAGCUAAAGGAGCUGGGGACAACAUUUGAGGGCUGCAUUGAAGAGGUCAGCCAACUAGAGCGCAGGAAAGAGGAGCUGGUGCAGGAGCUUCUGGAGCUAGAGAAGCCCAUGGAGGAGGAGACUCAUGCUUUGAGAAGUGAGCUGGAGGAGGCCCAGAGGCUCCUGUCCAAGACUAAGCUGCAGAGACAGAGUCUGCUGGAUGAGAUACGACUCUUCAAGAGACGCUUAUUUGUUGCUGCCAGGGACUGUGCUCAGAGCCAGAUAACCUUGGUCAUACAGCAGAAAGAAGUGGAGCAGCUAAAGGAAGAACAGGAUGAGAUGAAAGCCUUUGUUGAGAAGUUGAUCAAAGUCAUCGAUCAGCUUCAUUCUGAACACCAAAACCAAGUGCAGGUCCUACAAAACCAGAUUGACAACAUGACCCAGGAGUCCAGCAAGGACAAGGCACACUCAUACCUGUCCCAAAGCCGACGUGCAUCCCUCGAUCUACAGCAGUACCUGCAGGGUGGAAUCAAAGCACUAGAGGAGUGGUAUGAGCCCAGACUGGUGGCCUUACUAAAGAGAAGACAAAGCAGCACUGAUGCCUUAUUAAAGUACAAAGAGCAGUGCCAAGAGCUGAAAACACAGCUGGGGCCCCUGAAAGAGGAAGCGCAGAGGCUGGGACUAGAGAGGACCCGAAUGGAGGAGCGCAUCCAUCUAAUGGAAAAGCAGCGAAAGGAAAAUGUGGAGCAAUACCGUGAAACAAUAGACCGCCUUGAGGAGAGCAGCCGAGACCUGAAAACUGAACUUCGGAUACAGAUAAAUAAGAUAAAAGAGAUGGAGGAACUCAAGAACAAUCUGGCCAAGCAGCUAUACUUCUAUAGAGACAGCGUAGAGGGACAACGUCCACAGACGAUCCUACCGAUGAACGAGAAAACCUGAUCGACGAAGGCAAACAUGGUCUAACGUUGCACAGUUUGGUAUUAGUGAUAGAAAUUAUUGGUGUUUCUACAGUUUGGUCUGAUUGUUUAACUCUUAAAUGUAAAUAAAUCUCUCAUUGUGCUGCCAUAAUGUUAACAGCAAUAAACAUGCAUGUGGGUGCCCUUUAUAAAUAUUCCAAAGCAGGCCAAAGGGAAUAUGAAAUUUACCAGCACCACUUAACCUCUCUGCAGUGUCACAUCAGCAAGGAAUGUGUGAUGGAGACUACCCAGAUUUUUAUCUACCCACUAACAGCUCAGAACUCUCUAGAUGUACCUUCAGUGUUGAUAGGGAUGUGAGUCAGAGCAGAGGAAAUAAAGCUUUUAUACACAACA